GUGUCCUGGUGCCUGACAUUUUCUCCCUCCUGCAGGACCCGGUACAUCAGCACAGAGUUGGGGAUGCGACAACGGCUUUUCGUGGGUGUGCUGACCUCCAAGAGCACACUGAACACGCUGGGGGUGGCUGUCAACCGCACGCUGGCCCACCGCCUGGAGCGCCUGGUGUACUUCACAGGCACGCGGGGCCGCAAGGUGCCCCAUGGCAUGACGGUGGUGACACACAGUGACGAGCGGCCCAUCUGGAACAUGUACCAGACCAUCAGGUACCUUCUGGAUCACUACGUGAAUGACUUUGACUGGUUCUUCCUGGUGCAGGAUGAUACCUACACAGAGGCACACCGCAUCAGCCGCCUGGUCGCCCACCUCAGCAUCGACACCCACCUCUACCUGGGCCGCCCCGAGGAGUUCAUCGGUGGGGACACUGAGGGACGCUACUGCUACGGGGGGUUUGGCUACCUGCUGUCCCGCAGCCUCCUCCUGCUCCUGCAGCAGCACCUGGAGAGCUGUCGCAAUGACAUCCUCAGCGCCCGGCCCGACGAGUGGCUGGGCCGCUGCAUUAUCGACUACACAGCUGUCAACUGUGCCGAGGAGCAUGAGGGCCUGCGUUACCACUAUUUUGAGCUGGGAAAGAAUGUGGACCCUGAGCGGGAGACUGACCUCCGUUUCCAGAGCGCCUUUACUGUUCACCCCGUGCUGGAUCCCCUCCAGAUGUACCGGCUGCACAAGUACUUUGCACAGGUGGAGCUUGAGAGGACCUACCAGGAGAUCCAGCAGCUCCAGCUGGAGAUUCAGAAUGCCAGCAGCCUGUCUGCUGACGGGGACCACAGUGCCACGUGGCCCGUUGGCAUCCCACCACCCUUCCAGCCCAAAACCCGCUUCGAAGUACUGCGCUGGGACUACUUCACGGAGGAGCAGGUCUAUGCCUGUGUAGAUGGCUCCCCCAAGUGUGAGCUGCAUGGUGUGGACCUGGCCGAUGUGGCCGAUGUGGUGGCCACAGCCAUGGAAGAGCUGAACCGCAAGUACCAGCCGGUGCUCCACGUCCGCAAGCAGCAGCUGGUGAACGGGUACCGGCGCUUUGACCCCACGCGCGGCAUGGAGUACACGCUGGACCUCCAGGUGGAGGUGGUCACCCAGAAGGGGCACAGCCGCUCUGUCACCAAGCGUGUGCACCUGGUGCGGCCCCUCAGCGAGGUGGAGAUCAUCCCCAUGCCCUACGUGACGGAGGCCAGCCGCAUCAACGUCAUCCUGCCGCUGACGGCCCACGACCGGGACCACGCUGCCCACUUUUUGGAGACCUACGCGGCGGCUGCCUUUGAGAGCAGUGAGAAUGCAGUGCUCACCUUCCUCUUCAUCUAUGACCCCUUUGAGGCCCAGCAGGUCACCCAGAAUGACAUCUUCGCUGCCGUGAAGGCCCAGAUAACCGAGUAUGAGCGCAAGUAUGCAGAGGUGAAGAUCCCAUGGAUCAGUGUUAAGACAGACGCACCCUCCCAGAUCAAGGUCAUGGACAUCAUCUCCAAGAAGCAUCCCGUGGACACGCUUUUUUUCGUGGCUGGUGUGGGGACGGAGGUCACCGUCGAUUUCCUGAACCGCUGCCGGAUGAACACCAUCAACAACUGGCAGGUCUUCUUCCCCAUCCACUUCCAGGGCUACAACCCCGCCAUCGCUUACCACAACCAGGUACCGCCAGCUACGCUGGACCUGCUGCGGGACGCGGGGCGCUUUGACCGCGACGUCUUCCACGAAGCCUGUUUCUACAACGCCGACUACAUGGCAGCACGCACCCGCAUGGCAGGUGACGUGCAGGAGAACGAGGACAUCCUGGAGACCCUGGACAUCUAUGACAUGUUCAUCAAAUACUCCAACCUCCAUGUCUUCCGGGCCGUGGAGCCUGCCCUGCUGCAGCGCUACCGGCACCAGGCCUGCAACCCCCGGCUCAGCGAGGAGAUCUACCACCGCUGUGUGCAGAGCAGCCUGGAGGGUGUAGGCUCUCGCUCCCAGCUGGCCAUGGUGCUUUUCGAGCAGGAGCAGGGGAACAGCACUUGAACCCUGGGGUGCGGAGGGGCUGGCCCUGCCCUGCCUGCCUGCCCACCCCACCUCUUCUGCUGCCCAAAUCUGUCUUUCUCCUCCUGGCACCUGCAGGGAUAGCUGGUGCCUGAGCUCAUGACUUGCCCCGCUGGGGCUACCCGGGCCGGGGUCUGCCAGUCCGGGGUGCACAGGUCCUUCCGGAGCGGCCGUGGCUGUGCAGACCCUGGGGCAAGGCAGGGUUGGAGUUGCUGAGCUGUGAGCUAUAACGCCUGGCUUCUCACCCCAGAGCUGCUGGCUGCCAGCCCCAUCCCUCCGUUCUGGCCCCGCUGCCCAGCAGGGAGGCGAUGGGCUGCCCUGUCCUUGCUGUCUCUCCUCGACUGGAGGCACACAGAGCCCAAGGCCCACCUGCUGCAGGGCCACGACUGCCAUGGGGCUGGGGGUGAUCUGUCGUGGUUCUCCCAGCGCCCUGGGACAGGGCUGUGUCCCUCGCUUCUUUGGAGCAUUGUCCCAGUCAUGCAGGUAGGGCUGCAUCCCUGCACCUGCCACAGGACAGGGGGAUGGGGCACAUCGCACCCCAGAAGAGCAAUAAAGAGAUUGGUUUUGGGGUUUUGCCACUUGGCAACGAGCUAGAGCACUCCCAGCUGGUCAGGGUGGGGGGACUGGGCCAGUGGGGGCACAGGGGGUGCCAGAGGGAAUCCUGCUGUAUUCACAUACCGUAAGCUGCUCCCCAUGGGAACCGUGACCCAGGCCGCUUUGGCCUUCGCAGUAUUGAUAGGACGUCGGAGGUCGCAGCCCUCAGACGAGAGCCUCCUGACAGAGGUGGGAGCCCUCCCCACUGUGGGGCUGCCCUCGGCGUUGGGGGAUGCAGUGCCCGGCGCUAGUGGGCAUGGCAGAGGGUUUGGCUGCACAUCUCCUAAGGAGAAAGCGACUGAGGAGCCGCUCUCUGCUCCUGGUUUGUAUUUAAUAGUGGGGAGAGGAGGUGGGGGUGCAUUUACACUAAUAAAAUGGAGAGAUGAACCAGUGGAUCUGGCUGAUUCUUCC